CAGGCCCGUAUUGCCGUAUUGAAAGAGCAACCGAAUUCGGUGAAAUAAUACGCCCAGAGUUAAUAGUUACGACGAUCGAAGCCGGAACCCACGGUCACUUGGAGCAACUCUGAUGAGUCGACAAAACCACAAUGGUGCGCAAGGGAAAUAAAAAGGUGCGGACGGGGUGCAAGACAUGCAAAAUACGCAAGAUCAAAUGUGACGAGGAAAAGCCCGCAUGUAGGAGAUGCACAGAUACGGGAAGGACCUGCGACGGUUACAAUAAGCGGACCACCCCGGGGCUUUUUCAUCCAACCCCUAUCGCUCCAGUCGGUCAGGCCAGGGUACCACGAGGCCAUGGCCGCAUAUUGGUGUUGUCAAGGACCGCAAAUCAACAGCGCAGCAUACUGCCGAUGCUGCCGUCAAGUAUUCCUGGUCUGGAAAACAACCAAGGCCGAGCCCUGCAGUUCUUUGGGAGCGUAGUGGCCCCCGCACUCUCCAAGGGCAUCAAGGAUGAGUUCUGGAGAAGGGUUGUUCUGCAAAUGGCCAGCACUCAACCAGCAGUGCGCCACGCCUUGACAGCCAUUAGCACCGUCUUUGAGGUGUCCGUCGUGCGCGACCCAUCUCAUAUAACCCCCGCCACACCAACAAUAGGCCAGAAUCCGCUGGCCACGGACGAGUACAACAAGGCCAUCCGGCACAUGAUAAACUGCGCCGAUGACCAGCUCGCCGUAGUAGUGUGCAUAAUAUUCGUCAGCCUCGAGAUCCUCCAACAGAACCGGCUCGCCGCCGUCGACCACUGCCGCCACGGCGUGCUCAUCAUGAACAAUACCCGGAUGAGCCCCUGGGUGCGCGACAAUAUUCUGCCCACGUUGCGUCGCCUGGCCGUGUUUCCCUACUUUUUCGGCAGCGUGCCCGACUCUUUCCCGGCUCUGUCCGAGGUUUUCCACCCGGGUGAACGUUUCCGCACCUUGGAUGACGCCUUAGCCAGUAUGGAUUCCUGGACGGCCCACGCUAUGCGCCUUAUCCGCGGAGCCGACCCGUAUCGCAUCCCUCGAGGCUGCGACGAUGACCUUCCAGAGGAUGACUACAGGGAUCCGUACCGCAGUGGGCCCCUGAGCGGCAACCCGAUACCUGAGGACAUGAGGGCGCAGCAGCAAAUGGUCCUGCAAUCAAUGCGUCGAUGGCAGGAUGGCAUGAAUGAAUAUCUGACGCUGGCCGCAGCUGCAGCGACACCAAUCGACCCAGAGGAUUUAUGGAAGUCUUCCUUGCUGCAGAUGCGGUGUUUGGUCUUGCAGGUGUGGCUGACGGCGAAUUUCUUUCCAGAGGAGGGUCAAAUGGCGUUCGAUCAGCAUAUGGAUUCGUUCCGCAAGGUUGUAUCUCUUGGCUACAAGAUGCGUGCAAGUCGACAGGCCUCAGCAGGGCGGCGGCAAUCUAAAUGUACAACGGAGCCGCCAUCUCACAGUUCGGAAGCAGGCAACACCGCUGCACCUCCCAUCCAAUUCAGUUUUGCGUCAGAGAUGGGCGUGAUGCCGAUCCUAUUCUUCACAACAAUGAGGUGUCGAGACCUGGAACUCAGGCUACAUGCACUGGCGCUCCUGUGGGAGUUAUCCACCGCGCGCGAGGGCUUGUUCCGCGUCGAUCGCAUGGCGCACACUGCUCGGAGGUGCGUGGAGCUGGAGCACGAUAUUGAUCUGGCUCGAUGGCGGUGGCGGGGCGGUGGGGAUUCUGUGCGUGAAUUUCAACAUGUCACUUUCGGGGAUAACCCAGCCGCGUGGUCGCACGAUCCACUUCAAGCGGUACCAGAGACAAUGAGACUUUGGGAUGCUCUUGACCCAGUACUUAUGAGGGCGGUUCUUCGAAAAGGCGAUAAUGGACUAGCCAAUGAGCAGGAUCCUGCAAGAGGCAGGACGGUAAGGUUUGUUCGAUAUCGUGAUGGAAAGCUACAACGCUGGGAGGAAAAGCUUUCCAUAGAAGAAUAGCCAUUUUGGUUUCUGCUAGCUCCGGCGGUGAGGCAUUAUGUACCUACCAUGUAGUACACAGCGGAAGUUCCACCAGCGACGUGAUGAAGGAGAUCUUGGCCAAG